AUGGCUCCCUGUUUGUUUGUUGGCCCUUUCCAACAACUGUUCCAUCUGCCAACAUUGACCGUUGGGUUGACCAUGCCACCUCCAGUCAAAUACGAUUAUCUCAUUUCAAGGUCAGGAGAUAUAGUAUUUUCCGUCACCGUUGGCGCUUUGGCUUAUUUUUUGAAUGAAAGAGAUAAUCCGAGAGCACAGAAUGGGAAAACAUUAUUCGACAUGCUAAAGAGAGCAAGACAAAAGAAAGUGCAAGAAAGAGAAGCGAAACGACAACCCGAGCCAGCCAUAGUGAUGGAAGAAUGA